GUAGUCAGAUUCUGGCAGGAAUUCAUCAGUAGAAAAGGACACAGAACCAGCUACGGACAAGUUAUCGGCUACUUACAUCCAAGUUAAGGACCUUCACUUUUAAGAAGACAAUGGAAUGGUGGUUAUCAUUUGUAUUUAUAAUUGUCACAGCAUGCAUGAUUGACUACAGUUUCUGUCACAUGGAACCAACAAAUACCUUUAAGUCAGUUUUACCAUUGGCAACAAGUGGACAAAAUUCCCAUGAUGAUGCAGUUUACGGUAUUAUGUUUGAUGCUGGAAGUACUGGGACAAGGAUACACAUAUACAAAUUUAAACAAAGCGCUACAGGGUCUCCUUUAGAGCUUGAAGGAGAAGUAUUUGAGAAUAUAAAGCCAGGACUAUCUGCCUUUGCUGAUCAGCCAAAGAAGGGUGCAGCCACAGUGCGUUUGUUGCUGGACCUAGCACAAAAGGAAGUUCCCUCCACUCAAUGGUCACACACUCCAAUUGUUCUAAGAGCAACUGCUGGGCUUCGACUGCUUCCUGUAAAUCAGUCAGAUGCUCUAUUGUCAGAGGUAAGAGAAGUAUUUCAAGAAUCUCCAUUUCUAGUUCCAGAGAACAGUGUCAGCAUCAUAAAUGGAGCAGAUGAAGGAAUUUUUGCUUGGAUUACAGUGAACUUUUUAACAGGUAGGUUACACAGUCAUCGAAGUGUUGGAAUUUUGGAUUUAGGGGGCGGAUCCACUCAAAUCACCUUCCUGCCUUUAACAAAGAAUACACUGGAUCAGACACCACAUGACUUUCUUGCCUCUGUUGAGCUGUUUAACAGCACAUACCGACUGUACACUCACAGCUAUUUGGGACUUGGACUGAAAGUUGCUCGCCUUGCAGUGCUUGGAGCGUCUGCAGAAAAUGCCCAACAGAAGCAGAUCUUUUACAGUAACUGUUUUCCUCAUGGAAUAAAAGGCGAAUGGAACUUUGCUGGUAUUACGUUAAGAUAUGAAAAGAAAUCUGAUGGGCAGUGCGGGUUCAAUGCAUGCUACUCUGAGGUUCUGCCAAUCUUACAGGGCAAAUUUCAUCAAGUCCCUGAAAUACGAGACAGCCCGUUUUAUGCCUUUUCCUAUUAUUAUGACCGUGCUGUGGAUACAAAUUUAAUUGAUCAUAUGCACGGUGGUAGUCUCCAAGUCCAUGACUUUGCUAAAAGGGCCAAAGAAGUUUGUGAGCACACAGAGCUGUCCUCCACUCACAGCCCCUUCCUGUGUAUGGAUCUUACGUUCAUUACUGCAUUACUCAAAGAAGGCUUUGGAUUUGAAGAUACCACUUCACUGCAGUUUACCAAGAAGAUGUAUGAUAUUGAAAUGAGCUGGACCUUAGGGGCUACAUUCCAUGUCCUACAAUCCUUGCACCAACAAAAUUAGUUCUGUUUCCAAAAGCAAGAUGAUUCCAAAACAUCAAAUUUAUUUGUUUCAAAACCACCUGUGUUUAAAUGAAUAUGUGACCUAACACUCAUAAGUAUCAUCUAUUACCUAGUCAUGAAAAGCCAAUUACAGCAUAGAUUUAUAUAUGACAAAAUGGUGCCAAUGAUCCUCAGCUGCAACACAUGUUUACUCAUUUCAGUUCUGACAAGUGCACAUUCAUGGUAGUAUGUGAAUUUAUGCAGCUGUGACAGAGCAGCUAGCAAUACUUUCUCUGUAUAAUAAUGCCAGUGCGUACAGCAAUAUUUUGGCAUACUGUGUAAAGCAGCCUGCAUUGAUAUGCUGAUUCAUGGCAGCACAGGAAAAUUAAGUAUGCAAAAAUGAAUGUGCAUAUUAACAAUAACUAUGAAGUGUCAAUGCAUGUGUCGUGCAUGCUGAAGGAAAUUUAAUGUAUACAAAAUGUUACAUGUAUAAUUAUUGGUUAAAAUACAACAAAAUAUUUUUCACAUGAAACAUACAGUAUACAUAAUUAUUUCUUUUAGGCUUGUGCAUAAACACAUGCCUUAAUGUGCAGUUUAACCCUGAGCAUGUACAUUACUGAUUUAAUUAUACGUGGAAUGCUGGGCACAUUCACAUUUUGUUAUGAUAUUCUGCAGCCUGGGUGCAUGCACAUUCCAGAUACUUUCCAUACAUUACAUUUGUAUUUCAUUUAUACACAGACAAAAUGAGUAAAGCUAUGACAUGCAUUCUAAAUGCCCACUUUGUAUUAUGAGCUGUAUGAGCAAAUAAAAGAUAAAAAAUA